AUGAGGCAUCCUAUUCAACUUAUAUUAGGAAAUACAAGUAAAGAAGAGAUAUAUAUAGGAGUUGGAGCAAAAGUCUAUGUAUUAGACUCGAAAACAGGGAAAAAAUUGGCAAACUGGGAGGCACCAGAGAUAAAUAAUGUUCAAUUAAAGAAAAGUUGUAUAAAUGUUAUACAAUGUAUGAAUUUUAGUAGAGAGAAGGGGCUUCUUUUUGUAUCAGGGAAUGAUAAAUUACUAAGAAUUCUGAAUAUUUCAGAAGGAUUGAAAGUCCAGAAUGAAAUACGGUGUAAUAAACGUCCAUGUGUAAUAGCAGUGGUUGAAAAGCUAAGUAAAAUUUUUGUUGGAGACAAAUUUGGGGACGUUUAUUCAUUUUUAUUUGAAGAAGAAUCAGUAGUAGAAAAAAAUACAGGACCAGUUCCAGCAAAUCUUGUAUUAGGACAUGUUUCUAUGAUUACAGAUAUGAUAGUGACAAAUGAAUGUGAUUAUUUAAUUACAUCAGAUCGAGAUGAACAUAUUAAAAUAAGCUGUCUACCAAAAUGUGUAGUUAUUAAAGGAUAUUGUUUGGGUCAUGAGGAAUUUGUUUCAAAAUUAUGUAUAUUAUCAUGGAAGCCAGAUAUUUUAAUAUCUGGAGGAGGUGAUGCAUAUUUAUUUGUUUGGAACUGGAGAAAUCAAGAAUUGUUAUCAAAGAUAGAUUUAAUAAACCUUUUUUAUGAAAAAGAUGGAGGAAAAUAUGUUUUAGAUAAAGAAAAAAUUGCAAUAAUUGGUAUUCAAGAAAUACCUGCAAGAAAAGAAAUAGCAAUUAUUAUUCAGAAAAUACAAUUAUUAUUUAUAUUUGGAGAUUUAUCAUUAGAAAAACCAACUUUAAAAAUGAUAGAACCGCUUCCCGGAGACCCUCUAAGUAUUACUUUAGAUAAAAACAACAUAUUAUGGAUAUCUCUGGACAAUUCUACUGAUUAUAACAUUCCUUUUGUAUAUUUAUAUCCAAAAAAUGAAGAUUUUGAAAAAAUAAUACAAGAAGUUGAUAAAGCUAUAAGCAUGGAGGGUAAUACAUAG